AUGGAAAUGCCCAUAUUUGAGCCCCACCACACUUACACACAACGAUCGUAUAAAAAGUAUGGUCGAGUAUAUGGCGGGUAUGACAUGACCCGGCGUACAAUUGCCAUCAACGACCCGGAGCUGCUUAAAGACAUUAUGGUGAAAGACUUUCACAUAUUCCCCGACCACAAGCAUUUCUACACGGGCAGUUCUAAGAUUAGCCAGAGCAUUUUCUUUUUGCCCGGCGAUGACAAUUGGAAACGGAUUAGAUCAAUUAUGUCACCGGCGUUUAGCUCAGGCAAAUUGAAAGCCAUGAUGGCCCACAUAUCCGAUAUCUCUGAUGUAUUUAUAACUAAUUUGGAGCCAUAUGCUAAAUCUGGUGAAGCAUUCAAUAUACGGCACAAAGUGGGCGCAUUUGCGAUGGACGUGAUCAGCGCGUGCGCGUACGGCAUCAACGUAGACACGCUCAACAACCCGGACCACCCGGUAGUGGUCAACGCACAGAGAAUAUUGAGCGUUGACCUAACGUGGCAACAGGUGAUAGGCAUGUUAAUGCCUAGAGUGGCCAAAAUGUUCAAGCUAGAAUUUUUCGACCUUCAAGCCACCACAUAUUUUGACAAACUUACAAAUCAAAUACUUAAGGAACGCAAACAUAAUAAUAAGUACACGAAUAGCCGGCGCACGGAUUUUAUACAACUCAUGAUUGACUCGGAAAAGUCAAACACAGACUUGGGUUAUGACAGCAAUAGCGAUGUGGACGUCACGCCCCAGGAGGUGGCCGAGGGGGCGGCCAAACUAUCAAAGGGCACACUAACUGCGGAUGAGUUGACAGCUCAGAGUAUUUUACUGUAUAUCGCCGGUUACGACACGACCAGCGCCUCCAUAGCCAACGCCCUGUUUUACUUGAGCCAAAACCCUGAGUGCCAGCGCCUGUUGGCCCACGAGUUGAAAGCGUGCGAUGAGUUUACGUACGAAAAGUUGGUUCACUUAAAGUACUUGAACGGCGUUAUUAAUGAAACUCUACGUCUGGCGCCAUCGCUGACCCGCAACGCCCGCGAAUGCAUCCAGGACUAUAAGUUGGGCAAUACCGGCAUAACAAUACCAAAGGGCACUAGUGUUGAGAUAUACCCGCACGCUAUACACCGCGAUCCUGAGUUCUGGCCCUCACCUGAUACUUUCAAACCCGAUCGUUGGUUUGAGCCCACACACCAUCCGAUGGCUUUCCAGGCGUUCGGCGCCGGACCCCGGCUUUGCAUCGGUCAACGCUUUGCUAUGAAUGAGAUGCGCAUGUGUUUGGCUAAACUUAUUCACCGAUAUCAUUUCACACUGGCCCAGGAGCCCGAACUGGACUUUUUCAAUGGUGUACCGCUUAUGUCACCCAAAAAAUUGAUUGUUAAAAUUCAAUCUAGAUAA